AUGCGUCUCCCAUCCCUCCUCUCCCUGUUCUUCGCAACCACCGCCCUCGCGGCCCUACCCUACAAGGGCAUCGAUUGGUCGUCUCUCCUCGUCGAAGAGAAAGCAGGCAAGACGUACAAGAACUCAGCAGGCCAGACGCAACCACUCGAGACGAUCCUCAAGAACACCGGCGUCAACACGGUCCGACAGCGCAUCUGGGUGAACCCCUCCGAUGGAAACUACAACCUCGACUACAACAUCAAGCUGGCCAAGCGCGCCAAAGCCGCCGGCCUGAAAAUCUACCUCGAUUUCCACUACAGCGACAACUGGGCCGAUCCAGGCAAGCAGGUCGUGCCCGUAGCGUGGAAGAGCCUGAACCGCGAGGCGCUGAUCAAGCAGGUGUACGACUACACCAAGACGGUGCUCAACCAGUUCCAGUCCGAGGGCAUCCAGCUGAGCAUCGUGUCGAUUGGCAACGAGAUCACCGCGGGUUUGCUGUGGCCGAUUGGGCAGCUGAGCAAUGCGGAUGGGCCGAAGAAUGUGGCGGCGCUGUUGAAGAGCGCGAGUAAGGCCGUCAAGGAGUCGUCGCUUUCGAGCAAGCCCAAGAUCAUGAUUCAUCUCGACAACGGGUUUUACUGGGGUACACAGCAAUGGUGGUACGACCAAGUGCUCGGCUCCGGCGGCGGCCUCUCUCUAUCCGACUUCGACAUCCAGGGCGUCAGCUACUACCCCUUCUACAACUCGGACGCCACCUUGGGCAACAUCGCCUACUCGCUGUCGCAGAUGGUCCAGAAGUACGGCAAGGAAGUGCAAGUCGUCGAGACGAACUGGCCCUCGUCGUGCCCCAACCCCAAAUACGCAUUUCCCUCCGAUACAAGCUUCAUCCCCAUCUCCGCACCAGGCCAGUACGUCUGGUUGCAGGAGGUCGCGAAGCGCAUCGCGGCUGUCCCCGGUGGAAAGGGUACGGGUAUCUUUUACUGGGAGCCGAUGUGGAUUGACAACGCGGGGCUGGGAAGUAGCUGCGAUUGGAAUCUUAUGGUGCAGACUGACGGAAAGGUCAUGGAGGGAAUGGGCGCCUUUAAGGUUAUUUAA